UUAUUUUGAAACAGUCUCCGUAAGUCACUAAUUUGCCCAGGCUGGGUUUGAUUUUUUUUUUUUUUUAAUUUUAUUGAUGGGCUUGAUCUUUUGAUCCUCUUUCACCAUGCCUGGUUUCUUUCUUGACUUACUAUCUUUAAGCACUUUCCUGAAGAAAUGUAUGUUGGAGAUACAGUAAAUUUCUUGAGAUCUUACAUAUCUCUUGUUACACUCGCUUGAUAGGUUGGCUGGGUAUAGGAUUCCAGGUUGGGGAUAAUUUUCCUUCAGGAUUAUGUAGCUAUUUACGUAUUGUUUUCUAUCUUCCAAACAUGGUUGAGAAUGCAGUGUUACUCCAAUCAUUAUUAAUUUCUGUUCAUACCCACCCUCAGUCCUGACUGCUUAGGAUCUUCUCUUUGUGUAUGUCAGAACAUUUCCCAGUGUUGCAUCAUACUUUGGACUUUAUGAAUCCAAAUCAAGUUCUUCUGUCUGGAAAGUAUUCUUGUGUUAUAUGUGGAUUUCGCUUUUUCUUAUAGUUAAUGGAUACUGAACUUUCUGAAUCAGUCUCCUAAUUUCUUUUAAUUGCGCUACUAUUUCCCAUCUUCUCCCUUCUGGGAGAUUUCCUCAACUGUGUUUUUUGACCUAUGUAAAAUACUGUAGUGGUUUUUUUUUCUUGCUCACACAGUGUUCAAGAGCUUUUUCGUUUGAAUAUUCCUUUGUUCUGACAUCUUUUCAAGUAAAAACUUUCUCAAAUUCUUGGUUGUCUACUCUUGAAAGGGACCAUAAGAGGCUGAUGGAAAGGGUUGUAGGUGGUAGUUGUGGGGUGUUUGCUUAUUGAUGUUUUCAAUCUACUGUGAUCUCCUUGGGUUUUUACAUUGGAAAAUCUCUAAUACUAGUGACUUUAGUUUUUCUUUUUUCCUCUUUGAUAAAAUUUCCUCAAUAAGUUCUAUAUAUCCUCUUACUCAAGGAUAUAAGCUAGCUGUCAGCUUUUUGGUAUUAGAGUAGGGAAAAGAAGGUAUGUAUGCCCAGCCAUCAGUGUAUACACUUGUCUAUUUUCAGCGAGGUGCCUAAGGUUUCUCUUCAGUUCAGAUAUAAUGUAUUUACCCUUAAAUCUUGACCCAGACUUGGGGAAUGGCAGUUACCUCCUUCCAUGGAAUCGUAAGGACAACCACAGGCCUAUUUGGUUUUCAUAUAGUCUUUAAACCUAUCCUUUUUGCCCUACACUCACUCCACAGUUUCCUGGUGUCACCAAUUCAACAGGAGCCUUUUGAGAUUUCUAGGAUGUAAAUCAAGUUGCUUUAUCUCACUAAGUCCCAUUACUGCCUUUGGGAUUCAUCUUUAAGUUACAUCUAAAGCUAUUUUCCAAAAUGUUUUCUCAUACUCUGAUUUAUUUAUUUUGAGGCAGGGUCUUGCUCUAUAGUUCGGGCUGUCCUCAAACUUACUAUGUUGCCCAGGUUGGCCUCGAACUCAAGGCAAUCCUUCUGCCUCAGCCUGCCCAGCACUGGAAUUACAGGCAUGUAUCACCAAGCCCAGCAUAUACUUUAUUCUUAGAGGUUACUUUUUAAAAAAUUAUCUUUUACUAUUAUUUUAGGUAAGUUUCAGAGGGAAAAGAAGCUAUUCAUUCUCAUAUGUGCUCUUUAGCUGGUAAUUUGUCUGAAUCUGUAUGCCUUAUUGUUUUGAGGCUAAAAAGAUAGUUCCAUCUAGGCAUUUAGGAACUGUGCAGGUCUUCCUUUCUUCAUAUUUUAUUUUCAGCAGAGGAAAUCGUAGAGGAAAUGGGAUAAAUGAUUUAGAAAGUUUGCUUUAUGAGUCUUAAAAUGGAUGUCAUGGUUUAAGACUUCACAUGUAAACAUUUGUAGAGUUUUGUUCAAACACUUUGCAUCUUUAAAGUGAAUGUGUGCUUUUUUUUGGGUUAUGUGUUUUAGACAUAUUUUUGCUCAAUGUCUGUUAUCACUAGAUUUAUGUUGAGUGGAGCCCAAUUUUGAGGAAAGGGAAUUUAAUGUUGAUUUUGGUCUGCCUUGAGUUCUCGGUUUGUUUACCGUCGGGGAAUACCUACUUCAGCUUUUCCAGACUGUGUUCUCAAGUCCCUUUGUUGAGAAUUUACUGUCCUUGGUUACUCAGCUUUUUACUUUGCGUUGUAAAAUUUCGGCUUCUACUUGUCUGUUUCAUACAUUAAGAAUUGGUAAUUCCUUAAUUCCUAAUACAGUAAAAAUGAGGAAGCUCAUAGUACUAAGCUAGGCAGAUAGUCCUUCUUCCAAAAAGUUAGGAUGAACUAAAGUACUUUUUUGGACAAGGCAAAAUCGUAACUCUGGCAUUUCUUCAAACUGCCAAAAAAAAAAAAGAGGCUUUUUCCUGCCCCCAUCCCAUUUAUGGCCAUUUUCUGGCGUUUUUCGCUCCCACCGCAAAAUCCUUCAUUCUUCACAGAUCAACGCCCAACAGCUGUGGCCAACUUUGAGCUAAGGUACUAUAGGUAUCGCACUGUCAAGUACACCAAGCGCCCUUCAGUACCGCCUGAGCUUGAUCCUCCGUCCUGCUGGCAGCUGCUCAGCGGUCCCGGGCAUCCGCGCAACCUUUCCGGGCCCAGGGCGGCGGGAGCGCAGCCCACGGUGGUGCGCGGUCUCGGGGAGAGGCUUUGGCGCCGCCCCGCCGAGGUCCACACACCGGAUGCCAGUUCAUACUGGGGUCCCGGGUCAUUUCGCGCGGAUGCAGCCCACGGUGUUUAAAUCUCUCCAGCUAGGGUUUGUACUCGACCGCCUACGAACGGCCGGGUGAACCUAAGGCAAGAGGGGAAGACUAUGGAGCCUACUCUUUCAGACCUGCCAAGGCAGCUCCGAAGCAGCGCGCCGCGGGAACGCGCGCCGCCCUGCUUUACGGCAAAGACUCGCACCGCCCUGCUUUACGGCAAGACGGGUGCGUUUGCGAUAGCGUGAAGCAAGCAAAUUUUGGCGGGAAAAGCGCUGCAUUUGGAUUCCUGUGGUGGCAGGCAAAGGACAUCCUGGUGAGGAGGGGCGGCCAGUGUGGUGGGAAAGGAAUCUGGAGAAGGAGGUAAGGGUCUAGAUUAGUGAGGAAGAGCACGGAGAGACAGUGUUACUGGGAACGAGCGGAGGAAUGGAGAACUUCUAGCGGAGGGAAGGUCUCGGAGGCUGGAGGGGUGUGAAACCACGGGUCCCUGUUGUAAGGGGUGCGGGGACCGGAGCCAGUCACCUCCGAGAUUGGGACGCCGUCCUGUAGGUCCCAGCUCUUCCUUCCGCUUCUCAGGGAGUCUGGCCCCGCCCCGCUCUCCUCUUGGCCUUAGGGACCGGUGGGAUCGGGAUGCGAAUUGGAUCCGCGCUGGGGGCUGGAAGAGCUGCGGGAGUCCCAGUCUUCCUGGCCUCCUUCAUUAGGCCAAAGUUUUACUCUCUCCCCCACCCUCACUUCUCCCUCCCCCUUCCACAGCCUUUCUCCAGAAAGCAUCUGUCUCCCAGCUCCUCCCAACUGCUUUAUUUAAUUUCGUGUGAGGCCUGAGGAGGGCAGUCUCAGCCGCCUGUCCGGGUGCUUGGUGGAGUCAUGGCAGUGCCCUUUGUGGAAGACUGGGAUUUGGUGCAAACGCUGGGAGAAGGUGCCUAUGGAGAAGUUCAACUUGCUGUGAAUAGAAUAACUGAAGAAGCAGUUGCAGUGAAGAUUGUAGACAUGAAGCGUGCCAUAGAUUGUCCAGAAAAUAUUAAGAAAGAGAUCUGUAUCAAUAAAAUGUUAAAUCAUGAGAAUGUAGUGAAAUUCUAUGGUCACAGACGAGAAGGCAAUAUCCAGUAUCUAUUUCUGGAGUACUGUAGUGGGGGAGAGCUUUUUGAUAGAAUAGAGCCAGACAUAGGCAUGCCUGAACAAGAUGCUCAGAGGUUCUUCCAUCAACUCAUGGCAGGGGUGGUUUAUCUGCAUGGUAUUGGAAUAACUCACAGAGACAUUAAGCCAGAAAAUCUCCUUUUAGAUGAAAGAGAUAACCUCAAAAUCUCUGACUUUGGCUUGGCCACAGUGUUUCGGCAUAAUAAUCGUGAGCGUUUAUUGAACAAGAUGUGUGGUACUUUACCUUAUGUUGCUCCAGAACUUCUAAAGAGAAAGGAAUUUCAUGCAGAACCAGUUGAUGUUUGGUCCUGUGGAAUAGUGCUUACUGCCAUGUUGGCUGGAGAAUUGCCAUGGGACCAGCCCAGUGACAGUUGUCAGGAAUAUUCUGAUUGGAAAGAAAAAAAGACAUACCUCAACCCUUGGAAAAAAAUUGAUUCUGCUCCUCUAGCUCUGCUGCAUAAAAUCCUAGUUGAGAAUCCAUCAGUAAGGAUUACCAUUCCAGACAUCAAAAAAGAUAGAUGGUACAAUAAACCACUCAAGAAAGGAGCAAAGAGGCCCCGGGUCACUUCAGGUGGUGUGUCAGAGUCUCCUGGUGGAUUCUCUAAGCACAUUCACUCUAAUUUGGACUUCUCUCCAAUAAACAGUGCUUCUAGUGAAGAAAAUGUGAAGUACUCCAGUUCGCAGCCAGAACCACGGACAGGUCUUUCCUUAUGGGACUCCAGUCCCUCAUACAUCGAUAAACUGGUACAAGGAAUCAGUUUUUCCCAACCUGCAUGCCCUGAUCAUAUGCUUCUGAAUAGUCAGUUAGUCGGCACCCCAGGAUCCUCACAGAACCCCUGGCAGCGCUUGGUCAAAAGAAUGACACGAUUCUUUACCAAAUUGGAUGCAAACAAAUCUUAUCAGUGCCUAAAAGAGACAUGUGAGAAGUUGGGCUAUCAAUGGAAAAAGAGUUGUAUGAAUCAGGUUACUGUGUCAACAACUGAUAGGAGAAACAAUAAACUGAUUUUCAAAGUGAAUUUGGUAGAAAUGGAUGAGAAAAUAUUGGUUGACUUCCGGCUUUCUAAGGGUGAUGGACUGGAAUUCAAGAGACACUUUCUGAAGAUUAAAGGGAAGCUGAGUGAUGUUGUAAGCAGCCAGAAGGUUUGGCUUCCUGCCACAUGAUCAGUCCUGUAGUCCUGGGGAUUCCUGGUGAAUAUGGUGCUGCUAUGUUGACAUUAUUCUUCCUAGAGAAGAUUAUCCUAUUCUGCAAACUGCAAACAAUAGUUGCUGAAGAAUCCUCUUCUCCUUUAUCCAAACAUCUUCCAAUUCUUUGUAUGUUUUGCAUACAAAUAAUACCUGUAUCUUAAUUGUAAGUAAUACUUUGGGGAAGGGAUAUUUUUUCAUCUGUUUCAGGUUUGAAUUUGAAAUCCAUCUGAUAGAAACUAGGUUUAAGGUAGAUGUGUUAAUCAGAUUUUCUACCAACAUAAUAACUCAUUCUUACCAGAACAUAUUUCACCCAGAAAGUAUGUAUUUCUUCCACAUUGAUUUAAUUAUAAAGAUGGGUUAGCAAAGGCUUAGUCCUUGUGACUUUUGGACAGUAGAUUUAUCAGUCUGUGAAGUGAGGCCAGCUUCAAAAAAUGAAUCCCCAAGAUUUGUACUUAUAUUUACAAAAGGGUCUGACCGGUUAUAUAAACCUGCUGCUGAAUUAUAAUAAUUAAAAUUGCAAGUAGGUGGUUUUUUUUUCUGGAAUAGCUAGUAAAAUAUAAAAUACUGGUUGGUCUUUCAAAAAGUUGAGCAUAAACUGCUUCACUAAAAAAAUUAUUGUUGCACAUCUUAAAUAUUUUUCUAUAUUCUCUACUUUCACAGACAUUUUAAUUCUUUACUACAGAAAUAAAGUCUAUUUUGAAAGUGAUA